CAGAAAAUAUUUUCCGGAAAAUAAAUAUAAAAUUUCCUGAAAACAAAAAAUAAUUUUCCGGAAGCAUAGACAAUUUCCGGAAACAUAUAUAAUUUCCGGAAAAUAUAUAUUUUUCCGGAAAAAUAACAUAUUUCUAUUAAAUUUAGGCAAAGAUUACAGACAUGGUUGGGGGCAGCAUUAAAAAAGCUGGAAAUUCUUCUAAUUCUACUUCUGUUGAUUUAACGACUAACAGUACAAAUAACAAUGACAAAGAAAAGAACAAGAAUCGUAAAAAGAGUUCGAAUGAUGCGCAACGAUUGUUAUUGUUUGAGGAAGGGAUGGCUAUGGAUUGAAU